UGGUGGUACAAUCCAACGAGCAGCACUACUUCAGAUCCUGAAGGACGUUGGGAGAUGAGCAACUGUAGAGAACUAUUACCCGGUAAAUUACAAGUGCACUGGGAAGUGCAAGGCGAUUGGGUUCAAGUGCAGUUGACCGGAAAGAUACGUGAAAACCAAUACAUGGCUUUUGGUCUCAGUGGUAACCAAAAUAGCGUGACUAUGAUCGGCGGCGACGUAGUGGUAGUGUUCUACAACCGAGCUAAGAACUCGUUCCACGCAGAGGACUAUUACCUGUCUGCUACUACCGAGUGCGACGACAAGAACGGCGUGUGCCAGGACGAGCGACUGGGUGGCAGGAACGAUGCGGUUCUGGUGACCGGCACGCGGCGUAACGGCGUCACGUGCAUCGUGUACCGUCGGCCGGUUCAGACCAACGAGGCCAUCAACGACCAGCCAGUGCCCGUUGACGCGGCCGCACUGGUCAUAGCAGCCAUCGGCCCACUGGGAAGUUCCGAUCAGCCUGGCGCCCACGCCAUCCAGGACAUGACCGCAGACGAAAUACGAAUAAAUUUCAACUCCAGGGACGAUCACUCGUGUACAAUAUCCCURUACAAUCUGGACGAUGACAUGGAGCUCUCCGCSUGGCCGCCGAACAUCGUCAUUGGCGAAAARGAGUUUAGAGCAAAGCUCGGGCCAUCGGGUGGUGCUCGGGGUUACACGGCCAUUACUGGACAUACUACGGGUGACGUCGUCUGGUACAUAAACGACAAACUCAUACCUGAAAUCUACGUAGAAAGGAGACAGACCUACACGUUCAUUGUCGAAGGAGGAAAUGACCCCAACAAAGGCGAACACUAUCACCCGCUUUACAUCACGGACAGCAGUGAAGGAGGAUUCGGACAGAAAGACGAUGCGGAACAGAGGAAACAGCGGGUUUUUGCCGGAAUUGUCUACGACUCUGACGGCUUACCUUUUCCUACGACAGACAUAAUACACAUACACAUGCUAUUCGGAUUUGAAAUACCACCAAAUCUACUUAAAAGUACUUAA